AUGGACGAAGAUACCCGGCCUUUCGAGUCGGUCAACAUUGGUCUCACGAGCAUCGAGACGGGAGCUGAAAGGUUCCUGCGCGAUGGAGUACCAUGCCUUCCACCGCUCUCUUACUGGCGAAACAAUUUGACUGCGUUGUCUCAACGCUUUAAUCUCUACUUUGUGGCAACCAGAGACACCGUUGCUGUCUACAGGCCGGACUUUCCCUUCCAGAAACUUCACAGACUGCCUGCGCUGCUCAUUGUGCCUGCGCUGGCAAAUCCCGAUGCGGAUGGCUAUAUUGAUUCUCAAUUUCCUCAUGCCAUCAAUCACCUCGUGGUGGGAGACCUGGGGAAGGAGGAGAUUCUUCUCAUUGCAACCGAUUCCGGCAAUAUUUCUGCCUAUUAUACCCACUCCAUCUCUGAAGCCAUUCGCAAGGAGCCGUACCGCUUCAGCACGGAUGCUCGGAGUGAGUACGUCGGACUCGGGCCCUUCUUCACGCAGUGGGUCUAUGAAUCUGCUUGGGGCCUUGCAAUACACACGCAUGCCCGAAUGAUUGCGGUGUCGGCCAACACACCCCAUCAUGUGGCAGACGCUGAUCCUUGUGCUAAAAUAACCGUAUUUGCUUUUGCCUUGACAGACACGAGUAAUGACGGGAGAGAUGAUGAGGACCAAAUGUCCGACGAUGAUUACGAGGUUUCCCAGCACGCUAAACAGCUGGAUUGGCAAGAAUGGCUUGCGAUAGGUGUCGAUGCCACCCCUCCACCACGCAAUAAGAAUUACAAAAUCACUCUCGCGGGCAUCGAAGGGCAUGACCAUAACAUCCCCUGCAUUUCUUUUGUGAACACAGAUGAUGACGUGGAAGGGAACUGGCUGUUGAGCACCGAUAUCAAUGGUGACAUGAAGAUAUGGCAAAUAUGGCAAGGUCUCUGCCACAAAUCCUGGGAUUUCUCUGAGAGAAGCAUGCGAGCAUCCACUUACCGGAGGCGAGAAGGAGGCUGGCUUGUUGCUGCCCUGGACCCGCGUGCAUUUCGGCCAGCUCGGACGAUGGAGCAAUUUUGCGGUUACUCCAAGGUACCUCAGUACCAUGGGCAUAAUGACCUGGAAAGCUACGACCUGACUAAUGUUGUCCGACUCCGCACGCCUAGCAAUGGUCAUAUACACUUUCUCAUGUAUGAAGGUAUGGAGGACGACGAGGAUGUGGAAGAUAUCCGGGAGACGUUUGACUCUUGGUCUGACAUGGACGAAGCCAGCGUUGAUGCCGAGCGAGCUGAGCUCAAUGCGAGUCUGCUUCCAACGUAUGGUCAAGACUCUGUUGACGGAUCUCCGGACGAUGAUGAAGGAGUCAUUGGAGAACCAGAGGUCGCCCCGGUGUCGGACAACAGCGAGGCCACUUCUGUUUCUGGGUCCGAUCCGGGAUCUCACAGUAUUGAUGACGGACCUACAACACCACAGAGAGACACUCUAUCGCUCGAAUACAUGCGAUUCGAGGACGCCGAUAGCGAAUCUGGAGAGAGCGAGAAAGAGGAAGUACACUAUUCUUCUGAUUCGGGUGAUGUUGAGGAUAUCGACCUCUCUUCUAUGAGUCGACGAAGUACCACAUCAUUGUCAAGUCUCGCCCAGCGGAACAGCCAAGAGAUUGACGUGGACGUCUUGUCCGCAUCCGAUGUUGAUUCUCCCUUGCGCAGACGGCCGCACAUGGAACCCAAAGAUCUCAAACCAUCGACUCAGAGCGGCACUUCGAAAGUUUCCAAAACCCGUUACAGAGCCAAGCCACCGAUUAUACCUACUCUUCAUUGCAGCGUAUCAAAUUUGAGAUUGAUCAUUGCUCCCGAAGCAGAUUCGCCGCAUGUAUUUUGUGCCAACAUCCUCAAACAGGCGUUACCUCCUUUAAUACAGGGUUCGAGUCACGCCAACAUUGACAGACUCAAUAUGAUGCUGCAAAUCCCUGAAUUGGGGGUUGUUGUCAUUGCUACACAGAUCGGUCGAUGUGCGGUCUGUUCACUGACAAAAAACGAGAAGACGGGCACACUGGGAAUGCGGGUGAGCUGGAUUUUACCAACCAAAAAACAAGAGAUGAAAGGCCUGCGUCCAUUUGGUCCACUCCUCGGCAUAGCAGCUUCCCCGGUUCAAGGAUGCUUCAUGCGAAACAGAUUCGAAGAUCGAUCUGGAUCGACCGAGUCAUCGGAAUGGGGCAAAGACGGGCUUGUGGAUGGAGUUCCCACCACAUUCGACCAUACUGUGCUUGUUGUUGACGGGCGUAGUGGCGAAGAGGAUGGCUCUCAGCUACUAAAGGUUGACACAGAAUCUGAAGAGCAUGCAGAAGAGCACCGGCCGAAGAGGAAACGUCUGUCACAUCAUGCUCAGAAAAGACGAUCUGCGAGAAUCAGGACAGAGACACGAGAGUGGGAAGUCCCAUCAACUCCAGAGGCAUGGCAAGCCCUUGAAAGUAGUCGGAGAUACAGGCUCAUGUUGACAUAUAUGGAUAUGACUGUUCUAUCCUACGAGCUAUCGCGAGGAGUGGAAAGAGAGGAUAUUAAUGCCUACGAGGAGGUGUCAAGCCUCGACCUGCUGGAUUGA